CAGCACUGCUAAUCUGGCCUUCUCAUUUGUUGUGGUUGAAGUGGAAAUUUGUGACAAUCGUUCUGUUAUUAUUGUGACUUGAAGACGGUUUCGAGACCGCUACUUUUUGGGGGUUCAAGUGUUUUUGGGGCGGUGAUUAAAGAUGGGGAAACGCUCGACCAACACCACCAAGAGUGGUAAGUUCAUGAAUCCCACGGAUCAGGCCCGGAAAGAGGCCCGCAAGAAAGAGCUCAAGAAGAACAAGAAGCAACGGCAGAUGGUGCGCACCGCCGUGCUCAAGGGCAAGAACCCGCACGAGAUCGUGCGAGAACUCGAAAAGCUCGAUGAUAUGGAGUUCAACGUGUUCUCAGCCCCGCCUCUCAACGACAAGGUUAUGCGGGAAAAGCGCCGGAAGUUGCACGAGACUUGGAACAGGGUGAUCCAAAUGUACGAAAAAGACGACCAACCUCAGUAUGUGGAGCUCAAGAAACUUUGGCACAACUAUCUAUCACGGAAACGAGAGCUUAUGCAGCAAUUUGAAGCGGUCAAGAACACGGAAAACGUAUUGGUUGAUGACAUCCCCUUGCCUUCAGCCGCUGGAGACAACCCCGAGGGUCCGGAGGGGAUUCCCCUGCCGCCUGGAUCACACGCAGACGGCUGGAAACUCAAAGGCAUGUCCACUGGCGGGAUCCUGAAGAAGCCAUCGGCAUUGGACUCGCUAAAGCCUAAAAUUUGUCCGGGCCCUCCGGCCGCUUUGCCGCCCAAAUUGGAAGAUUACGAGCUAGAUCCGGAGGAAGGUGACGAGCGAGCUCCACGGGAAUCCUCGGUUCGAUUUGACAAGACCGCCUCAUCGGGUCCCGCCAAAUCCUCCUUGGAUCCGGCUCAACAGAUCCAACUCAAAAUGGUGGCUUUGGCUGGGCAAGACAUUGAUCUGUACAUGAAGAAAUUGGAAGAAGUCCACAAGUCAUCUGGCGGAGGCGGAGAUCCCCGUUCCCUUAGCAAUCCGGAAGAAGGCAGCGGGUCCAAGUUUCCACCCCCUCCUCCCUCCCAUCCCAAACCCGAUUGGAUGCCGCCUCCCACCUCACACCUGCGUCAAGACAAGCCCAAGAGUGUGAGCUUCAAACCCAACGAGUUGUUCCCUCCGGGCGCUGUGCCUCCCGGAGUUCAACUCCCACCAGGUCCGCCCCCGCCCAUGAUGCGCCACGCCUUCCCAGAUAUGGGCACAGCCCAGCGAACAGCCCCGCCUUCGGCCCCGGCGCCCAUUAGACCCUCGUACGUGCAGAAAACAAGUAGCAUCAUUGAAGCCAAGCCGCAGAUGAGGAAUCUGAAAUCCAUAUCCACCCGAUUCGUGCCCACUAACGUCAAACUACGGAAGCACACGGGAAGAGAUGUGGUGGACCCGAUGAUAUCGUCGAUGCCUCCCCAACAGAUGCCUCGAGCUCCUCCGAAUAAUAACGCGAAAGACGAUGCUUAUGCCCAAUUCAUGUCCGAGAUGAAUAAAUUGCUCCAUUGAAUGUUGGCAAUGCCCCAAUUUCUCUCCUUCUCCUCA